GUUGUUUUAGGUCCUAGUAGGAUCUGAUUCGAGUCUUCUUUUCCUUGCAGUGCCGACCUCCAACCGAGCUGUACCUGUUAGUUAAGAUCAUCUAGACCGAAACAACGCGAUUUCCCUACAGGUCCACAAGCUUUUUAAUGAGGGACUAAUUGCAUUCAUCGAUUAACUUUCGUCAAUCUGUUGCCACUAAGUGACUGACUGGGCACAUUUUUUUUAAUGAGUUGUUAAAGACACAUCGAAUUCUUGACUAUUAUAAACACCAUCGAGGUGAAGUUAUGUGGUGUUGUUCUUUUGUUUUGUUUUGGUAUUUCGCUAACAGGAUAUGAUCAAUGAGUCUAUGCUUACAUGCAAAAAUACAAUUAUUGCUACGAUCUCAAUAAAAUAAAUUGCUCUACUACAUAUAUUAAUCGUAGAUUCAAAGAAAAAAAAAACACCAAAAAAAUAAACAGAAAAGAAAAAAAAAAGAAAGCAACAACAAAAAAAACAACAACAACAUCUUUGUAGCUUUGUGUCUGAUUCAGAUUCUACGCAUUAUGAGGUUUUUCUUGAGUACUUGUCUUUGACGCUACAAGCAGUUCAGAUUAUAGGCUCAAAUUUUGGAGGCAAGUAUAACUGAUUUAUUAAUCUCUCUAUUCUUUAACUUAUCCUAAAUUGUAAGUUCACAACAACCAAACGGACUUUAAGGGGGUUCGUAAGCCAAGGUUAAACUUGUUGCAGGUUGAACAAGAGACGUCUUCUUAGGGUUUAUUGUCUAUUUUAACAACUCACUUAUAAUGGUAAGGAUUGAUGCAUGUUAACUGUUGUUAUCAACACUUUAUAUAUGUUUCUCUCCUCUUCCCACAUGCUCCUUUCAUUCUUCAGGACGACGAGGUAAGUCUUGCGACAUCAGUCUACUUCUCUUCGAUAUAUUUAUGAUGGAGUUUCUUGAAUAUUACUUCCGCAAUUAAAAUAGGAAAAAAAUGGAAUAGUAAUAAUAACAAUAAUAAUUAGUGGUCUUUUAUAGCGCGGUACCUCAGCUUUGGGCAGGGCUCACCGCGCUGUACAUAAAAAUAUUUUCAAAAGAGACAUAAUCAUGACAUUAAAAUAAAAUACAAUUUUGAAAUAAAGAACAGCAUGAACCCCAGGACUUUUACAAGGCAAGCGAUGGACGGCAACCAGCAAGAUCAUUUAUCGGUCAGAGGAGGGGAAUCAGUCAGGGUAGUAUAGUUUAAAGAGAUGCGUUUUGAGUGCAGUUUUGAAGGCCUGGUUGGUUGGUAUAUUGCGGAUGUGUAGUGGCAAAGAAUUCCAAAAAAAUAAUGUUUCGUGUAAAGGUAAAAAAAAAAUUACAAAUUUGUCAGUUUUAUAAAAUUAUUAUAGCGUUACUGUCUAGUUCAAUGUUACUAUUCUUAGACCAUGGCUGUCUAGUUCAAUGUUACUAUUCUUAGACCAUGGCUGUCUAGUUCAAUGUUACUAUUCUUAGACCAUUGCUGUCUAUUUUAAUGUUACCAUUCUUAGACCAUGGCUGUCUAGUUCAACGUUACUAUUCUUGAUCCAUGGCUGUCUAUUUCAAUGUUACUAUUCUUAGACCAUGGCUGUCUAGUUCAAUGUUACUAUUCUUAGACCAUGGCUGUCUAGUUCAAUGUUACUAUUCUUAGACCAUGGCUGUCUAGUUCAAUGUUACUAUUCUUAGACCAUGGCUGUCUUGUUCAGUGUUACUAUUCUUAGACCAUGGCUGUCUAGUUCAAUGUUACUAUUCUUAGACCAUGGCUGUCUAGUUCAAUGUUACUAUUCUUAGACCAUGGCUGUCUAGUUCAAUGUUACUAUUCUUAGACCAUGGCUGUCUAGUUCAAUGUUACUAUUCUUAGACCAUGGCUGUCUAGUUCAAUGUUACUAUUCUUAGACCAUGGCUGUCUAGUUCAAUGUUACUAUUCUUAGACCAUGGCUGUCUUGUUCAGUGUUACUAUUCUUAGGGCGUUUAUUUGCCUCACAUGAUUAUUACAUUUGGUUCUGUGCUGUACUUAAAGAGAUGAUCCCUUCAUUUUAAUUAAACCAAUAAUUUAUACAUCAGCUGCAACUUAGUACAAUAGUGGCUCUAGAUAUCUGUACAGCAGAUAGAACAUCAAUUGUGGUGUGCACAGCUGAAGUCUGAGCAAACUCUAGGAACAUCUGAAUUUACAUAAUUUUGAUCAAGCUAUAGGAAUGUCUGGAUUUACUGAACUCUGAUUAAGCUAUGUGAAUGUUAGGAUUGAAUUAUAUUAUUUAAAAAAUAAUAAUUUUGUAAUUGGUCGCAUGCCUACUAUUUAGGGCAACGUGCCUGCUAUUGAGGGCAACGUACCUACUAUUUAGGGCAACGUGCUUUCUAUUGAGGGCAACGUACCUACUAUUUAGUACAAAGUGCCUACUAUUUAGGGCAACGUGCCUACUAUUUAGGGCAACGUGCCUACUAUUUAGGGCAACGUGCCUACUAUUUAGGACAACGUGCCUACUAUUCAGGGCAACGUGCCAAUUGACGACCUCUGGAAGCAACCCCCCCCCCCCUUUUACUUGACAUGUUAGGUCAACGAAAAAUAAGACACCAGGUCAGGCCAUCGUCAAUAUUUUUAAUAAAAUUUAUCCACAGAAACCACAUCGGCAUGGACAAUUCAUCAACAUGGUCCAUUCAUUGACAUGGAGCAAUUAUUGACAUAGAGCAUUAAUAAUAUGAACCAUUCAACAACAUGGAGCAUUUAUUGGCAUGGACAAUUCAUUGACUAGGUCCAUUCAUAGACAUAUUCACAGACAAAAAUUAAUAUAAAUUUAGCAUAUAUUCGUAUAAUCAAGGAGAUUCAAUUUCAAAUCGUUCAACACUAAUAAACUCGUCCCUGUGGCACUUUAGCCUAUGUAGGACUUUGGCCUGCCUCACCACUUCCUUCCCCUCAGACCUAAAUGAUGCUCUUAUUUUCCAUGAUUGGAUUCCCGGCUACUGUAGAUCUUUUUCCACUCAUGCAUCCAGCUAAGCCUUAAGGUCUGCCUUUGAGCCGUUCUCCUCUGGGGUUUGAUGGUGUAUCCUCUUCACUCCUCUGUUAUGCGGCACCCUUUCUAUGUGUCCCACCCAGCGUAGCCUGUCCUUUUUUAUUUAGGUUGAAUGGGUUAUAGAAAAUAGAUCAAUCCAAAAAAUUUUUAAUAAAUAAAUAUUCAAUAAAACAAUAAUAUUAUACACGACUAAAGACCGAUAGAUAAUUAACAACAGUAGUUCAUGAACAUCACUUUAGUAGUUCAUUUAAUAUUUAAUGUAACGUUUAAACUUAAUGUGACCUAGUUUAAACCUAAAGAUCUAGCUUGUCAAUAAGAACAAAUUAUAUUAGAAAGAUUUUAUAAGCCACGUUUUGAUAUUUAUACAAAUGACAUUCAUCAAAAUAAUGUAUUAAUAUAUAUUAUAUAUUUAUUAAUUUUUUUUUUCAACAGAUGAAACACCAGGUAAAGAUCCAGUAUAUAAUUAAAUGGGAAACUACUCAGAAUUAUUUACAUGUUUGAAAUGAGAUUCGUAAAACUACAAUGAAAUCAAACAUAUUCAGGCGACGAAUUAAUUUUCAUUGUAAAAAAAAAACUUAAAAUUUAGCCCUUCCCGAUAGAGUAUGAUGAUUUUUUAAAAUUAUACUUUCAUUCAUAAAUAUAACAAAGUCAAAAAUUCAAAGGUCAUGAUGACAUCUAGCCUGAUGGAAUUAGAUGCCAUUUUAAUCCAAGUCGCUAUAAAUUACCAAAGUCGAAAUAAAGGGUAAUGUAUACAUCUUUUAAGAAAUACUAGUUUAUGACGUUUUAACACCUAAUUUGUAUUAACAUAAUUUAUUUUAACACAUGAUUUGUUUUCACACACAACUUGUUUAAACACGUAAUUUUUAAAACACAUCAUUUUUAACACAAAACUUUUAUUUGAAUCCAUGAUUUCUUUUUAUAGAUGUUUUUUUUUUAAGCUUAUUCGUUUUAUCACAUGGUGUGUUUUAAAACAGGAGUCGUUUAAAAACACACAAUUUUUUCUAGCACAAAAUGUGUGCUAUACAUAUUUUAUCACAUGAUUUGUUAGAGCAAUGUUAUCUUCAUGUCGUUGAUGUGUGUCAAUUUAUUGUUUGGUUUCAUUUUAAAAUGACUGAAGGCUUUAAAAAGGAAUUAUAUCAUUAUUAUUUGUCCUAUCUUAAAAUUCUUUGUGGGACAGAUAAGAUGUCCAUCUAAUUUUAGGUCAUAAAUAACCUUAGACUACAUCCAUUCUUUUGAAUCAAAAAUUGUCUCAGUUAUCUGUGGAAGGAGACACGCAUUUUUUAAAUUUGAACUCUCACCAAUGUCAAUAACUUUUAAGCAUUUCAGAUAUUUUCAACCAAUUAUCUGUACGAUUUGUAAGAAGAAACAACGCGAUAAGGAAAAAGCAAGUUAAAAAAAAACAACAAAAAGAACUACAAAUUACCAAUUACAUUUUAUGGUCUCAAAUUGUAUGGUCUCACAUACUAGAUUGACCUCCUGCGUCUUUCUACAAUUUAUUUCAAAAGGACCAAACAAAAAAAAAUUAAUCAAUUCACUUGAAAUCUUUUAUUGUCAAUUUAAAGACUGUCGUGUAGUGGCUGACAUCGUCCUGGUCAUCGACUCUUCUGCUGGUGUCGGCAUCAGCAAAUUCAACGACAUUUUGAUAUUCUCUGCUGAGUUGAUAGGCAAGUUCAAGGCUAGACAAUCUGACGCCAGGUUUGGUGCUGUUGUAUUCAGUAGAACGACCGAGAAACUAUUUGACGUACAGGAAAACAUGACGGACAUCUCGUUAGGACAGGUGAGAAAACGCAUGUGGUUCGUAGGUAAGACUUUUUAUAUAAUUACAAACCUGUUAUUGGGCCAGGUUUUAAUACAUAAUGACGUUUGAAAAAACAACAGCAACAACGAAUUAAUGUACAUCUUAACAUGUGUGUUAUUUAGCAGCCACAUUGUCUGAACGUGUUUCAGGGUUAUCGAAAUUACGAAAAGUAUCACGUGAUUUAAGGGACACAACUGAUUAAAUAGUUUUGACAGCCGUAACCCAUCAAACAUGCGGUUAGCCUGGUAUUUGAGAAGGAAAAAAAAUCAUAUUUCGAAUAGCUUGACUGUGCAGUGCACAUUGCAGCAGCAAUUGAGUGUCCUAAAAAUCAUGGAAAAAAACUUAAAAAAAAAAAGAAUUGCACUUGAGGGUCCUAAACACCAUGGACCGAAACUGGAAACAAAAGUACUACACUAGAGUAUCCUAAAUAUCAAGGACCGAAGCUGGAAAAAAGUAUUGCACUAGAGUAUCCUAAAUAUCAAGGACCGAAGCUGGAAAAAAGUAUUGCACUAGAGUAUCCUAAAUAUCAAGGACCGAAACUGGAAAAAAGUAUUGCACUAGAGUCACCUAAAUCUCAUGGCCCGAAACUGGAAAAAAGUAUUGCACUAGAGUAUCCUAAAUAUCAAGGACCGAAACUGGAAAAAAGUCUUGCACUAGAGUAUCCUAAAUAUCAAGGACCGAAACUGGAAAAAAGUAUUGCACUAGAGUAUCCUAAAUAUCAAGGACCGAAACUGGAAAAAAGUAUUGCACUAGAGUAUCCUAAAUAUCAAGGACCGAAACUGGAAAAAAGUAUUGCACUAGAGUAUCCUAAAUAUCAUGGACCGAAACUGGAAAAAAAGUAUUUCACUAGAGUAUCCUAAAUAUCAAGGACCGAAGCUGGAAAAAAGUAUUUCACUAGAGUAUCCUAAAUAUCAAGGACCGAAACGGGAAAAAAGUAUUGCACUAGAGUAUCCUAAAUAUCAUGGACCGAAACUGGAAGAAAGUAUUGUACUAGAGUAUCCUAAAUAUCAAGGACCGAAGCUGGAAAAAAGUAUUGCACUAGAGUAUCCUAAAUAUCAUUGACAAACAUUCGUUACCAAAUUUGUAACCCACGUGAAUCUUUGAGUUCAUCGCAGGGAAACAAAUACUUGGCAAUCUCUAAGCCUAUUGUCAUUAACAAAUACUUGGCAAUCUCUAAGCCUAUUGUCAUUAACAAAUACUUGGCAAGCUAUAAGCUUAUUGUCAUUAACAAAUACUUGGCAAUUUCUAAGCCUAUUGCCAUUAACAAAUACUUGGCAAGCUAUAAGCUUAUUGUCAGUAACAAAUACUUGGCAAGCUCUAAGCCUAUUGUCAUUAACAAAUACUUGGCAAGCUCUAAGCCUAUUGUCAUUAACAAAUACUUGGCAAGCUCUAAGCCUAUUGUCAUUAACAAAUACUUGGCAAUCUCUAAGCCUAUUGUCAUUAAGAAAGAUAUCCUUCUAGUAACAUUUCAGUAGUUUCACACAUAAAUCUCCUGAUAUUAUAAGUUACUACAACUCAUGUUCCCAACCACAAGUGGGAUGCGAUGGAGUUUUUUGGGGCUCACCGUCUGAAGUAAUAUUCUAAAACAAUAUAUUAAAAAAGAAAUGGUCAUUUUCGUCCUAUAGUUUGAUUAGCAAUUUUAAUCAUAGCAUCACACGUGACGUUAAUUUAAGUGCUGAACAAUCUAUUUUAAACACCUUUUCUAUUCUUAUUAAAAAGCCUUUUGUUUUCAAUAUACCGCGUUAAGAAAGAGUCAAUUUUUUCAAGUAUGAAUGCGUUCAUGACUUGAAGAACAUGUGCUCUCGAACUUCUGAGCUUAACAAGUCAGCGCAGGUUACUACAUAUUAUAUUAUAAGUCCGUUAUUACAGUGGCAAUCUGUGACUUUUAAGUAUCUAAAAAAAAAAAAAGAUUUAUUUUUUUCUUAAAGUGUGUACUUGGGAUUUAGUGGAAUGGGAACAUCUCCCGUGAAUUGCUUCUUUACUAAAAUUCCCGGGAUGCUGGUAGAGAAAUCCUCAUCUCUAAAUGGUAAACGUUUGGUUUCUACUUAUCGAUUUAGAAAUAUGAGGCGGUAUAAAGAAUGUUUUCAUAUUUGUAUACCCCAUCGCAGGUCUUGUUAAACGCCCCAUUUCUAAAUGAAGGAAGACGGACAGCUGAUGCCCUGCACUACGUCCUAUCUACCGGGAUGUUUAAUUCAACGAUAGAAUCUGGGAGGGCAGCUAAACAGUUUGCCAUCGUCUUUGCAGGAGGCCCGGCAGAUCAGACAGAACUCAGUAGUAAGUCUAUUUUGGGUAUAACUGAGGACCUAGAAUAGAACAACUCUUUCAGUUCGACUCUUGGGGACCUAAAAAGUUCAUACAAAAACAAGUCAGAGAUAAUGUCAGUGUUAAGAUGUAAAUGACUGUCACCAUUUUUUAAAUGAUGUGGGCUGUCAUAACCUUGCACUCACCUUACACACCACGUCCAGUUGGUACACAAAACGCCCACUUGUUACACACCACGACCACUUGUUACACACGACGUUCACUUGAUACACAUCACGCCCACUUGUUACACACCACGCCCACUUGUUACACACCACGCCCACGUCUUACACACCAAGCUCUUUUGUUACACAACGCCCACUUGUGACACAUCUAGCCCAAUUGUUACAAACCAUGCCCACUUGUAACAAACCACGCCCAUUUGUUACAACCACGCCCACUUUUUACACAUCACUACAACUUGUAACGCACCACGACCCUUGUUAUACACACGCCAACUUGUUACACAUCAUGCCAACAUGUUACACACCACACCCACUUGUUACACACCACGCACACUUGUUGCACACCACGCCCACUUGUUACACACCACGCCCACUUGUUAUACACACGUCAACUUGUAACCCACCAUGAACGCUUGUUACAAAUCAGGAACACUAAUAAUAAAAACAACACCAAAUUAUGAUUUUGUUGUCAGCUGCCUACAACCAAAAAAUAUAACAUGCUUUUUAAUACACGAAAGGCGUCUCCAAUGAGUUAGCAAUUAGUUUCAUGGCGCUUCAAAGAUAAGAAAGAGUACACACCACAACGCUACAGAUCUACUACAGGCUACGUUCAAAUUUGACAAAGUUGGCGACUUUCUUGUUUAUUCGAGCCCUAGCUGCAGCCAAAGAACUCAAAGAUCGAAACGUCACGAUCAUUGCCGUGAGUGCCGCUGACAGGAUUGACCCCGAGCUGCCUAAACUGGCCAGCUGUCCCACGGAUGUGUUCAGCGUCCACGGAGAGGAUUCCUUAACCCACCUAGAGCGACACUUGAUACAACGCACGUGUGAAGGUCAGUGACCCUUAACAUAAUUAAUGUGUCAGCUUUACGUAAUGCAUUCUUUUAAAGAUUAUAAGUUUAUAUCUUUAAAAAUAUGUAAUUUUAAUUAAUUUAAAAACAAUUUUUUUUUGAAUUUAAUUUUUAACAUUUUUUACAAAAUUGAUGAGUGGAUCAAUAAUUGUGCUUUUUGUGUUGCUAUUUCAGGAAAAUCUUCCUAAAUUAAACAUUUUCAAGACGAUUAUACACAACAUAAUACAUUUAGAUUCAAUCAACGUUAAAAGCUUAAACCCCAUUUGAAAAAUUGUUCGUGUUGUUUCAUAUUUGAAUUGCUUUGAGACCUGAAUCAAUGGUUGAAGUUUUAAAAAAAAAAAUGAAAAGAAAAAAGAAACAACUAAAAAACAACAAAAAAACAACA